GUUGAAAGCUGGGGCCAGUUAUUUUUACCGCUGCUGCAAGCAUGAGCCUCCGCAGUCAGGCCCUGUGGGGCUACCGCCGCCUUGUCCGCGCGAGCGAGAGGGCCUUCGUCGGCGACGUCUACGCCAUCACGGAGGCGCGCAAGGCCAUCCGCGCCAACUUUGUCGAGAACCGCGCCGAGACCGACACCGAGACGAUCCAGGCCAUGGUCAAGGGCAUCACCGAGGCCGAAGAUAUGCUGCUCUUCAACAUUGUACAGGGCAAGAAGAACGAGUCGGGCUCGUUCGCUGUCAAGCUCACGGACCCGCAGAAGAGCAAGAUGCGCAAGGACGAAGAGAUCACGGCUGUGACGCCGACGACGGUCAAGACGCCCGAAAUCACGCGGUCCUGCGCGACGGGCGACUGCCCUGCAUAAGCACGCCUGUACAACCCAUAAUAGAUGUGAGAACACGUACGAAGAGCGCCUUUGCACGGCCAUUGUGUCUACGCGUCUCAGUCAUAGUCUCGUGCAACGAAGCCAACUCACGGAGCCUGGCUGGCACGACACGGUGCUUCCAACGAACCUGUGUCAAGCCACCUGAUAACAACGACGCGUGGGACAAUCACGUCCACGGCGCCGGCAACUCAGACGAGCCGUGCGCCUCGGUCUUCGGCAGACUACCACCCGCCGUAUGCGGCGACGUUGAUCUCUACGAUGCAGCUCGGUAUGCAGCGAUAAGCAAUCAGUUCUUAGAGACAAAAUAUCGCGCGGUCAAUUAACUUCACGUGGGCG